AUUAAAGUACCUAGUAUUGUUACCUAUACGCUGGGGAAACGCAAACGUACAACACUGUAAUUCAAAUCGAGUAGCUGUGUAAGCUGUGGAUUUGAUUUACAAGAAGUGACAACUGACAGUGUCCACUGACACUUGAGACGAGUUUGGUCGUGAAUAAAUUUUAAAGAUUUCACUAUCAUAUAUAGCAAGAGUAAGCACUUUAGCUGAGUGUUGCAUUAAAAUUACAUAUAAUGUCUGACGAAGAUCGUGAGAAAUGGUCAGCAGAGGAAAGGAACCGAGAUAACCUGCAUGUAUCCCCAAGCUGCUCAAGUUUUGAAGUAUUAGAUCCUCAUGAUCCCAUUAUAAGUCGACUUGCUACACAAUUGUUUAAAAAGACUAAUGAUUACCUUCAAGGUGAAGUAGCAGCGGGACAGGAUCAUUAUAUACUUCUGGAGGAAAUUAACAGAUUAGCUAUAACAAAGUAUGCUGAUCUUAAAAACCUUACUGUUAACCUGGAAAAAACUCUAAAUGAAUACAACAAAAUGUAUGAUACUAGCAUUUUACCACUUUUGCAGCAAAUUGAUGACAUUGAUUCUCAGGUAACACAAUUUGAAGCAAAUGCAUACCGCUUAGACAGUUACACCAAACAGCUGAAGGCUCAAUUUGAAGAGCUAUGUGAAAAGAGUAAAUAAAUAAAUUUAAUUUAA